CUCCUCCUCCUCCUCCUCCUCCUCCUCCUCCUCCUCCUUCCGUAGCCAUUUUGGCUCAAGGCCGCGCGCCAGCGCUCGGCCUGCGGCGCGCGCCCGGGGGGGGGAUGGGGGGCGCACAUAGCGCCCCGCCCAGGCGCGGGGCCAUGGGCCCGCCGAGGGCGCCGUGCCGGCCCUGGCUGCUCUGCGGCGUCCUCGCGCUCCUGACGUGCGUCUUCGCCUUCCACGGCCUGCUGGCUGCUGGCCCGGGGGGCGCGGGGCUGCCGCCCGCGCUGUCUGGGAGGCUGUGCUGGGGCCGCCCCUGCGCGGGGGGCAAGGGCUGCGCAGGCGAGUCCGCUGCGAACGAUGGCCCGGGCGGCGGCGGCUCGGCCGCCGCCGCCCAGCCCGCCGCACUGCCGGCUGGCCCGGCCGCCGGCGAAGCUGGGCUGCCCGUCGGCGCUGGCGCGGCCGCUGGCGCCGAGGCCGGCAGUCCCGAGGCGGCGGCGCAGCCCGCGGGCCCCGGCGCGGCCGCUGGUGCCGCGGAGGGCCUCGCCGGCGCGAGCCAGGCGGAGGGCGAGGCCAAGGCCAGGGCGGACGCAGAGGCCGAGGCCAAAGCGGCUGCUGAGGCCAGCAAGGCUGACGCAGAGGCCAAGGCCAAGGUGGACGCAGGGGCUACAGCCAACACGGACACAGAUGCGACGACCAAGGCGGACGUGGAGUCCAAUGCCAAGGCGGACGCACAGGAACUCAAUUGGCCUCCGGACGUGCCGCAGGUGCCAGACGAGGACGUGGCGCUGUUCCGACAGAACUUCGGCAAGAUCCUUUCUUGGUGGCACACUCCCCUGCCGAAGCCGAGUGCCAAGGUAAAGCUCCUCAUCAUGGUCACCACGAUUCCAAAGGAGGCCAAGCUGAGGCAGGUUCAUCGGGAGACGUGGAUGAGCCUUCCCGGCAUCUGCACCCUGACGAACGAUGUGGUCCAAGAGCCCCCCGGCUGCAGCGCCUUCGUCGCCUUCUUCGAGAUGUCGGCGAAGAAGGACAUCGUUUUAUUGGAUACCUUUGAUCGGUGGGACUUCAGGAAAAUUCCCAAGAAAAAGCCGCCAUCGGAUUGGAAAGGCCUCAAGGAAGGGAAGGUGUGGGUCCCUUCCGAGCAUUUGGUGAAGCCGAACUUCAACCCAGAGGUGAAGGAGAAGGUGCUCAAGUCGUUCCAGUAUGCCUGGAAGAACUUCCCUUGGGUCACGCACUACGCCAAGAACGACAUGGACAACUUCCCGUUCGUCGCCGAGAUUCUGGGGGACCUGGAGGACCUGCCGCACUCGCCUGCGGGCAUCAAGUCGAAGAAAAUCAUGCCCACCUCGAAUCCGACGCCGUGGGUGGAGGGGCAUGGCGUGUAUUACGGCAAGUACCAGAGCGGGUACUUCAUGCAGGGGCAGUUCUACAUAGUUUCCCGCCCCGUGCUGGAGUGCAUCUUCAAACACACUCACGUAGAGGCCUGCAAGGGCAAGCCCGGGGAGGACACGAUGGUCGGCUGCCUCGUGACGAACACCUACAACGUUUCGAGGUCCCUGCAGGCCGGCAUCCCGUGGUCGCGCAGCGGCCCGUGCCCGGAGCCCUGGCGCCUGGCCGUGGACUGGGGCAAGAAGGUCAGGGGCGGGCUGAGCGUGGCGAGGUGGUGCCCCUGCAAGCCGAAGCAAUGCCCUAUCGGAACGGGGUCGCUGGAGAAUUUCUGCCGGCACGAGUAUCCUGAGAAGGGUAUCCCUUUCGAGAAGACCGAGGAUGAGCGCGACACGGAAGACAUCCAAGAGUUGGAGUCGUUCUUCCGGAUGCAUGGGGAGAAGGCGAUGAUGCCAAUGAAGCUCCUCGCCGCGUCCCUGCAAGCCACGCGCGAGAAGGACAUACCCAAGGAGUCCGUGCCCGCGGUGAAGUUCGCGUACCGUUGGCGCGCCAGCGCCCGGAUGCGGGCCAUGUCCACGUGCGCCGCCGGCGGAGGCGAGCGCCCCGCGAGCGAG